AUGCUUUUAACUACUAUCUUACAGAUUGUUACUUGCUGUCUAGUCUUUCCAGCUCAAGUUACUGCUUUUUAUUAUUAUACUUCCGGUUCGGAACGUAAAUGUUUCCACAAGGAAUUGUCUAGAGGUACUUUGUUCCAAGGAACUUACAAGGCACAAAUUUACGAUGACGGUAUACAAGAUUACAGAGAUGCUGGGGCACAAGAUUUUGGUGUCGUGAUUGAUAUUGAGGAGAGUUUUGAUGAGAACCACUUAGUUGUUCAUCAAAAAGGUUCAGCAAGUGGUGAGAUCAUUUUCCUUGCCUUAGAUUCAGGUGAACAUAAAAUAUGUAUUCAGCCUGAAGCCGGUGGCUGGUUAAUUAAGGGUAAAACAAAGAUUGACGUCGAAUUCCAAGUUGGUACGGACGAAAAGUUGGAUUCUAAGGGUAAAACCACAGUUGACGUCUUACAUACCAAGGUUAAUGUCUUGAACUCCAAGAUUGCUGAAAUCAGAAGGGAGCAAAAGUUGAUGAGAGAUCGUGAAGCUACAUUUAGAGAUGCAUCCGAAGCCGUUAAUUCUCGUGCUAUGUGGUGGAUUGUAAUUCAAUUAAUCGUUCUUGCAGUUACUUGCGGUUGGCAAAUGAAGCACUUGGGCAAAUUUUUCGUUAAACAGAAAAUUUUGUAA